UCUCUUUUUUUUCCCAUAAUGAGCCGUUUACAAGGUAGUAAGUGAGAGAAAGACGUGCCUCCGAGCAGUGCGUGAUUCAGACCCCUCAGAAAUGACCCGGCAUGGGGAUCAGGCCGUGUCUGCAGAGCUGUUUCUAGAAGUGCAGGAUCUUUUUGUUCUUCGGUCCCAUCCCGGCCUUUCCUCUGCGUGAUCAUGAAAGGUGUGUGGUUGACAGCAUUGCAGACAGAAGCUCAAGGCAUCCACAGAACAGUCUGGUAGAGGCACAAAUGAGGAACUGCUUGACAUUUUAACCUCCACAUUCAUGUUAGUACAUGCAUCAUGGCUCAGCAAGGGAAUGUUGGUGAGCUCCUCUCAAUGCUGGAUUCUCCAAUUCUGGGUGUUCUGGAAGACAUAACAGCUGCAUUCAAAGAUAAUCUCAUCUGUGACCGCGGACCUAUGCUUGUGAACAGCCUGGUAGACUAUUACUUGGAAACCAACUCUCAGCAGGCACUGCAUAUACUGUCCACAUUGCAGGAGCCUCAUGACAAGCACCUUCUGGACAAAAUUAAUGAAUAUAUGGGCAAAGCUGCUACUCGUUUACCCACUCUCUCCCUGCUGGGACAUGUGAUAAGACGACAACCAUCGUGGAAACAUAAGCUUUCUCAAGCACCUCUCCUACUCUCAUUGCUUAAAUGUCUCAAGACUGACACAGAUGUAGUAGUACUCACCACAGGUGUCCUAGUGCUAAUAACCAUGUUGCCAAUGAUUCCUCAGUCUGGCAAACAGUACCUCCAUGAUUUCUUUGGUAUCUUUGGGCGUCUCUCAGCCUGGUGCUUGCAGAAUCCAGGUCACGUGGCAGAGAUUUAUCUUGUCCAUCUUCAUGCCAGUGUUUAUGCUCUCUUUCAUCGGCUUUAUGGAAUGUAUCCUUGCAAUUUUGUCUCCUUUCUGCGUUCUCACUACAGUAUGAAGGAAAACUUGGAGACCUUUGAAGAGGUAGUCAAGCCAAUGAUGGAACAUGUGCGAAUUCAUCCAGAAUUAGUGACUGGAUCUAAGGACCACGAACUGGACCCACGAAGGUGGAAAAGACUAGAAACUCAUGAUGUUGUGAUAGAAUGUGCCAAAAUCUCCCUGGACCCUGCAGAAGCCUCAUAUGAAGAUGGCUAUUACUCUGCGUCUCGGAAAUCCUGUACAAACUUAAAACAUCAUCAAACUGACCCCAGUGCCAGCCAUUACACUGACACACAGAGCAGCUAUGGGACAUCUACCCCAUAUUCCACUCCUCGACUAACACUAUCACAACUGCCAGGGCAGCUACCUCAGAUUCUGAGCCCGCAGUCAAUAAAGCUGUCAACUGAGCCACAGCAGGUUACCAUCUGGAGUCCUUCUGCAGUUUGUGGUAUGACCACUCCACCAACCUCCCCUGGAAUUGUCCCAUCAGAGUCAUCCCAGUCAGCAUCGCAACCUUACAGCAAAGCUUUUGGCACAUCUGCAGUGGGGAAGGGAACACCUUUGGGGACACCAGCCACAUCUCCUCCACCCUGCACUUCAGAUGACUUUGUGCAUGUCUCACUUCCUUCAGCUGCUGCCACACCUCCUAAAAAGGAGGACAAACCAGAUUCUGGGAGGCCUUCACUGUACCGACAGCAAAAUGUCAUAAGCAGCGAUAAAUCAUUGGACACAUCUGGUAGUAAAAGUUCAGUAACCUUAAGUGAUCUUCCAGAGUUUUUAGGCGGUUUGUCUUUUGAAGAUAGUGCUGAAAAGGACAGAGAAGAAGAUGCAAUAUCUAAAGAGAUCUCCGAGAUCACAACUGAUGCUGAACACAUGGUGCCUAGAGGAGGAUUUGACUCUCCAUUUUACCACACAAAUGAAAAUCUGUCAGGUUCUCAGAAGAAGACCCACUCAGUAGUCUCUAGUGUUCAGGGACACAGUCUGACCUCUGAGCCUUUAAUAUCUUCUCUGGACAAGCCUGGGCCUGAGAGUGCACUGGAGACACCCAAACAAACAUUUACUCCCAUAGACAAGCCCUGCGGAGGCUCUGGUGAAAGCCCUGCUGGUAACAGGGAAGGAACCUCGGGGGAGACGAGUAUUCUCACUCCCAGCCCUUGCAAAGCAUCAGCACAAGGAAGAGCAGUGUUUGGGAGUGGACAGCCUCCCCUGUAUGAGCACCUUUUUGAGGUUGCGUUACCAAAGACUGCCUACCUCUUUGUUGGCAAGAAGACUGAGGAGCUGCUAAAGAAAGCCAAGGGAACCCAGGAUAAAGACUGCAUGUCCUCUACUUCUCCUGUGGAAGUACUGGAUAGACUGAUACAGCAAGGGGCAGAUGCACACACUAAGGAACUGAACAAAUUGUCUCUGCCAAGCAAAUCUGCUGACUGGACUCACUUUGGAGGUUCUCCCCCUUCAGAUGAGAUUCACACCCUGCGUAACCAAUUGCUAUUGCUGCACAACCAGUUGCUGUACGAACGCUUCAAAAGACAGCAGCAUGCCCUCCGGAACCGGCGGCUCUUGAGAAAAGUGAUUAAAGCCACAGCACUGGAGGAACACAACGCUGCCAUGAAAGAUCAGCUGAAAUUACAGGAAAAAGAAAUCCAGGCCUUGAAACUGAGUCUGCAGAAAGAACAGGCCAGGUACCACCAGUUUCAGGAGGAGCAUGAAAGUAUAGUGGCUCAGCUUCACAGCCAGAUCAGACAGCUGCAACAUGACCGUGAGGAAUUCUACAACCAGAGCCAGGAAUUGCAGACCAAGCUGGAAGACUGCAGGAACAUGAUUGCAGAUCUGAGGUUAGAAUUGAAAAAGGCUAACAACAAAGUCUGUCACACAGAACUGCUUCUUAGCCAAGUUUCUCAAAAGCUUUCCAACAGUGAAUCAGUGCAACAGCAGAUGGAGUUCUUGAACAGACAACUUCUGGUUCUUGGAGAGGUCAAUGAGUUGUACCUGGAGCAGCUGCAGCAUAAGCACACAGACACUACAAAGGUUGAAAUGUUGCAUGCUGCUUUUCGAAAGGAACUGGAGAAAGCAAAAUUGUGUGUUCAGCAGCAAAGCCAAAGGCUCGAUGCUUCUCAGAAACGAAUAGCUGAACUGGAAUCUCAGCUUUCUAAAAAGGACCACCUCUUCUUGGAGCAAAAGAAAUACCUGGAGGAUGUCAAAAUCAAAGCAAGAGGUCAGUUGCAAGCAGUUGAAAGUAGAUACAGGGCCCAGAAAAGAAUCACCCAGGCGUUUGAGCUGGAGAUCUUGAACCUGUUUGGCCGACUGGAGAACAGCCCACUGAAAAAACUUGAAGAUGAAAAAACUGAAGCAGCUGAAGCAGCAGAAGAAAGGCUGGAUUGUGGUAACGAAGGUUGUGCGGAUACUGUGGCAGGAUACAGUGAAGAAACCAUUGAUAGAAAUGGAGAAACCAAACCUCCCAGCACUCGAGGUAGCAGUAGCAGUAAAGGUGGCAGCAACAGUGAGCUCUCCACCCCAGAAAAAAAACAGAGCCAGAGAUUCAGCAGUCGCUGGGAGACCUCCAUGUUGCGGGAGCCCUCCACUACUGUCCCACUGACUGUAGGUUCACUCCCCAGCUCCAAGAGCUUCCUUGGUAUGAAGUCACGAGAGUUGUUUCGCAACAAGAGUGAGAGCCAGUGUGAUGAGCAUGGUGUAACCAUCAACAGCCUUUCUGAUACUCUAAAGACUGAACUAUGUAAAGAUCCAAGCAUGGAGAUGAAGGCUCCUCCAAGCCCCGAUAACCUUAGCCUCUCACCUAAGAUCCAGGAAAGCAGUGUUGGACAGCUUCAUAUCAUGGACUACAACGAAACUCAUCAUGACCACAGUUAAAAAGGAAGAUAGUCAAUCAGUGUUAUUUUCAUAUUCUUGGCAUAGAACAGGAGGCGUGAAUGCAAGUUUAACUAAAAGCUUUUAUGUUUCUUUGGUCUGAGCAGCUAGCUCAUGCAGUGGAAUAGGAUUGAUGUCCAGUAACAGAAGAAGGCUGCUGAAUGAAUGCAAGGUGGAUUUUUGGGCUGCAGUUGAAAUGCCCAGCCUAACUCUUGCUUCUUUCUCAAAUUCAGUCCUUAGCAGCGUGUACUAAUUUGAAGGGACAACUGUUAGCAUUUACAGAUAUUUUUUUCCCUUUCUCCCUGUCCGCAGUGAGUGGCUGCGUUUAUGAACUUGAGUGCAAUAUGAGGCCAAACUAACGUUUGUGAGUCUACUAUGAAUGCUUUGUAUUUCCUUGCAAGCUUCCAAUUUAGAGCAGUUAAUUGUGCUGCCUGUCUGGGUGAUUCUGAUUGUUUUCAUCACGGAAAAGAGCAACACUGGAAUUUCUGGUGUGUUCAUCUAAGGGUCUCUAUUUUGCCUGUCUGCUGCCCCACCUUUCUCAGAGCCCGAUCUUUAAGUUGGACUCCAAUUGAGUAUUCAAAUGUUUAAGGAACGGUGUACCUCUGCAAAAUGAUUCAUUCAUCCUAAUCCAUAAUCACUGUUUAUAUUGUCCUUAACAUUUCUUGGAAAGUUUCAUUUGAACAGACACUUAACAUGGAACUGGAGCUUGUAAUGCAGAGACCAUAUGUGAAGACUUGUUAAAACACUAGCUUCUGAUUGUAUUGGAAUUGUGUUUGCUUGACAGAGUGGUACUGACCUCAGACUGGUUCAUAAGGGAAAGCAAUUAGGGUGGGAGAAGAGGGGAAAAGGAAGCCUUAGUCACAUAAGGAGAGCAUGCAGAACGUGUAUGUAGAAUGAAGAUUUGCAGCUCACAAAGAGCGUUUCUUUCUCUAAUCAGGGAAAUACUUGUCCUGCCUGGACUCCUUCAUGGUUUUUGUUCCUGAUCUGAGCAAGACCACUGUGUUAUCACGUCAAGAAAUUGGCUUCUACCUGGGAGUUUGUUUUGAGGCUUGACUUGCAGAAAACAGUUUCCUUUGAGUGCUGCUCUGUACCACCUGCAGCACACUUUUCAGCUCAGUGAUGUCAGUUUGGCACUGGAUGUAUCCCCUUCAUCCCCAUUUCCUUAGAAGAUGAGACUGAAGAAGCAGCUUGCUCGAUCGAACUGAGAAUCUGAUUGUGAAGCCUUUCUAUGUUAAUCAUGUUUAAGCCUUCAGUGAAAGAGGAUUGCUGGGUCAGGGCUUGUCAGUGGUCUGACUCAAUCUCCUUUGUGACAGAGCAGAGCCUGUGGUUAGGAAGGCAGUGUGUGCUUGUUUCAAACCGUAGGUGUGUCUGGGUCCAAGCAUACGUGGCCAUAUUGGGCUUCACAGGUACCCACACUGCACGUGGCCUCUUCUCAAACAUUCUGUGGGUGGCAGCUGCUGGUCAAGUCUCAAGUAUUGAAUCAAGGCCACGUUAAAUCAGUUCCCAUCCUAACCUAAGGAGGAGCAGGAGUCUGCUGGAGGAGCUGGCAGUCUGAUAACUUGUGCUUUUCCUCCUGCUUUGUCCGUAACACCUCGGGUUGGAAUACAUUUCUGCCUGUCUGCGUUACUCUGUGUCCUUUUGGUUGGUCAGUCCUAACUCUGAAAGUAAGGUGAACUUAAGUGGUUUUGUCAAAGCUUGAAUCUGCAUGGAAUAGAAAAUAGAGAGUUGGUUGUAAGUGACAGACUGGUUUUGUCGACAUGUCUAUAGGCUUUCUAAGACUUAGUGGUAGCAAACGUGGUAGCGUAUGUUUUGGUAAGGUUUGGAGGUUUCCUGCCUCUCAUCCCACCUGGUUCCAGCAUGGGAAGUGGAGCAGUUUGCACAUUGCUUCUGGAGCUGGAGGUGUUGCAGGGCUUCCUUGGAGCACCCUGCAGUGCUGAGCCCCAGAGGAGCACCCUGCUGGUGUGGUGGCCUCGCUUGUCCAGAGGAGAGGCAGCUUUUGUUGUCGGUGACAAACGUGCCCUGGUGGUAAUGCAAGCUCAUUGAGGUGGCUUUUUUCUUCUUUUAAAAAGGACUUUAGCACCAGGAUAGUAGUAGAAACCACUUUCGGUUUGUUUAUGGACCACAACGAUUACGGAGGAACAAAUUUUGCAGUUGUUGUUUUUUUUUUUUUUUGUAAAAGUUUAAAAAUCAUGGAUCUGCUGUAUGUAGUUAACUUGCAGUUUGUUUGAAGGGGUCCCAUCAGUGAAGUGGAAACAGAUUUUUUUUUUUCUGACUGCUUUUAGUUAAAUCUAAAAUUGCUGUCUUUGUCAAGUUAAUCUGUUCCCUGCCUCGCUCUUUGUAAGCAUGUUAAACAAUCCACAUUAAAUGCCAUAAAUAUGAAACAUGAGGAAAUGGUACAAUCCUAAGCUAAAGAGAACUUAAACCAAAAGGAGGUUUUGCUGUCCUUAUUAGAAUGUUCUAAAAUGUCAAGGCAGUUGCUUGUGUUUAACUGUGAACAAAUAAAAUGUAUUGUUUUGCACUA